AUGAAACCAGUCCUCUCAGCCUAUGCCCAUGGUGGACAGAUUGCAUGCAGGCAGGUGCAGCAGAGACUUCUUGUGGCAGGGUGUUGCCUUGCCGUGCAGCAUCACAACAGCCCCAGGUGUUGUCAGGACCCAGUUACCUAUGUCCAUAAGCCUCCCUCACCAUCCGUGGAAGAGGGCUUUGGAGUCUCAGGCGACGGUGUCGCAGUCUGGGUUCCCCAGCUAGGAGGGGGUUAUCAAGCCGGAGCUCUGUCUGGAGGUUGCUCAAUGGGUGCAGGCAUCUUAGGUGGCUUUUGCCGAUCCUCUCAGCUUCUCCAAUACCACUGGCACAUGGUGUCAAAUCUUUGCUGGAAGUCUGCUUCCCAGCUACUGAGUUGCAGGUGA